CAGUACCAGAAGAGGUAGCAACACUGGUUGCUGCACCUGUAGUUGAGGAGGGUAAGAUUUAUGUGGACAGAUUACUUAUUUAAAAUAUUCUUAUAGUUUUGUGACAUCCACAUUGCUCCAGACUAACUUUUUACAUUGGUUCCACUGGUGCGCCCAAGCUCCAUAUUACGUGCACAUAAACUAAACUUGUAUAUAAUAUAUUUAUUAUGUAAUAUAAAUAAACAUCUCUGUUAACGUUUUUUUCACCCGAGGCUGCACAGUGGCUUGGUGAUUAGCCCUUUGCCUUGCAGCUACAAGAUCCCCAGUUUGCGUCCCCGCCUUCCUGGGAUCUGCAUGGAGUUUACAUGUUCUCCCUGUGCAUGCAUGGGUUUUCUCCAGGCACUCCGGCUUCCUCCCACAGUCCAAAUCAUGCUCAGGGUAAUUGGUAACUCUAAAUUGUCUGUAGUUGUGAAUGCGAGUGUGAUUGUUUGUCUGAGUGGGUGUCCCCUGCCUUCACCCAAAGUCAGACUCCAACCCCCGUCCCUCCCACGAUCCUAAUGAGGAUUAAGCAGUGUAGAUAAUGGAUGGAUGGAUUUUUUCCCCCACUGCGAAUAAUACAUUUAAUUGUCAAAUUUUUUUGUCAGUAUUAUUUCUGACUCCUCACCACUUGAGUUUGCUGGUGUCUGGUGUUGAAACACUGUGGGAAGGCAGAUUUGUUCAGCCAGCCUCGACGAGUCAGAAAGUUUAUGCUUCGACAGCAAAGACUCUGUUCACAGCCGUGCUUAUGCUGCACUCCUUGCAUAAAUAAAAUGCUUAAUGCCGACUGUUAUCAUAUCACAGUGUUUUCCAUGGGCUGAAAAUGUACUUGUGGUAGUGAAUGGCCAGCUGUGACUGAUGUGCAUGCAUAGACUUGUAGUUUAAAGGAGGACAGUGUGACCCAGGUUGUUUUUUUUUUUUUGUGGCUGCAAUUUGCAAAUGUCUGCUUAACAGCGCAUAUUUAUGCUGGCAGUAGAUGCUAGAGUUUGUUUACAAUUUAUUUAUGUUCCUAAAACAUUUCACUUGGAUCAGUAGAGGCUAUAAGGCAGCAGUGCACAGAGAAGCCACUCAGAAAGUACAGGACAGCGGUUCAGACAAGCCUGUGGCCACAAAUGUUUUUGAAAAGAGUGAAGGAAGGUGUUUUAAUGUGGGAUUCCUCUCUCUUGAAUAUUAGUGACCAGAACAGGCCUGGUCAGCCAGAGAUGCACACGGAGAGACGUGCUAAAUGCCAGGUGCACCGGUGAAACCAAUGAAAAUGUGAAGUUCCAUUUGACAGAGUAUUUUAAAUGGUUGGUCACUGGGGCCCUACUUUUCCUUUUGUGUUGAGUUUCAAGUGGGCACAGACUACACUUCAUUUAGAAUUGCUUUCACUAAUCAGAUGAAAUUCACAUGAGAGGUUAUUAUAGAAGUUUACCACUAUGCUACCAGAACUGUCACCGCCAUCAGAGCCUCCAGCAGCACCAGCAGAGCUCGCAGAGCCUGCCCCGGCCGAGCUCGCAGAGCCUGCCCCGGCCGAGCUCGCAGAGCCUGCCCCGGCCGAGCUCGCAGAGCCUGCCCCAGCACCAGUUGUGGAGAGUGAACCCGCAGCUGCAGCAGAAACACCCACAGCAGAGCCACCCGAGCCUCAGCCGGAAGUUGUGGCAGAGAGUGCAACAGACUCCACCCCUGCCUCUCUCAAAGUACCCUCACACACCCCCUACCUCCUGAUCGGUGGAGGUACUGCCUCUUUCGCCGCUGCCCGGUCUAUUCGAGCCAGAGACCCCGGUGCCAGGGUACUGAUUGUGACUGAUGAGCCAGACCUUCCAUACAUGAGACCACCUCUUUCAAAAGAGCUGUGGUUCUCUGAUGAUCCCAGUGUGACGGAAACACUGCGUUUCAAACAAUGGAAUGGAAAAGAAAGAAGUAUCUACUUCCAGCCACCGUCAUUCUACAUUAAUUCAGAAGAAUUGGCAAGUGCAGAAAAUGGGGGAGUGGCUGUUCUCACUGGCAAAAAGGUGGUACACAUGGAUGUGAGAGGAAACAAAGUAAAACUGGACGAUGACACUGAGAUUUCAUAUGACAAGUGUUUGAUUGCUACAGGCGGUGUGCCAAGAAACCUGCAGGUCAUCGAAAGAGCUGGAGAGGAGGUGAUGAAGAAGACGACUUUGUUCCGCAAGAUUGAGGAUUUCAAAUCACUUGACAACGUCUCCAGAAACGCAAAGUCCAUCACAAUCAUCGGAGGCGGUUUCUUGGGCAGCGAGCUGGCCUGUGCCCUUGGCAGGAGAUCAGCUGAGUCUGGCCUGGAGGUGAUACAGAUGUUCCCUGAGAAGGGUAACAUGGGAAAAGUGCUGCCUGAGUAUCUGAGCAACUGGACAACAGAAAAAGUCAAAAGAGAGGGUGUAAAAGUCAUCUCAGAAGCAUUGGUGAAAUCUGUGACUUGCAAAGAUGAUAGGUUAGAAAUCCAUCUGAAAGAUGGCCGAUUGGUGACAACUGAUCACAUUGUUGCAGCUGUCGGCCUGGAGCCUAACGUUGAUCUUGCCAAGUCAGCAGGUCUGGAGGUGGACUCUGACUUUGGCGGUUAUCGGGUCAAUGCAGAACUGCAAGCUAGGUCCAAUAUUUGGGUGGCAGGAGAUGCUGCAUGCUUCUACGACAUCAGACUCGGCCGCAGACGAGUGGAGCACCACGAUCACGCUGUUGUGAGUGGUCGACUAGCAGGAGAGAACAUGACAGGAGCCAGCAAACCCUACUGGCAUCAGUCUAUGUUCUGGAGUGACCUGGGUCCUGAUGUAGGCUACGAGGCCAUCGGGAUCGUUGACAGCAGUCUGCCAACAGUAGGCGUAUUUGCCAAAGCCACUGCCAAGGACACACCGAAAGCCGCUACAGAAAAGUCCGGUACUGGGAUCCGCUCGGAAAGUGAAACAGAGGACACGGCCACCAGCCCAGUGGCCUCUGUGACACCCGUUCCUCCUGUGGCUCACAAAGACGACUAUGGCAAAGGAGUCAUCUUCUACCUGAGAGACAAAGUGGUGGUGGGCAUUAUCCUGUGGAAUGUAUUCAACAGGAUGCCCAUUGCAAGGAAGAUUAUCAAGGAUGGAGAGGAGCAUGCAGAUCUGAAUGAAGUGGCCAAGCUGUUCAACAUUCAUGAGGAUUAGGAUGGCAGAGGCUCACGUUCAUGGGAGGGAGUUGCUCUUCGUGUGAAGACUGAACUCUGGCAGUCAUUGCCACAUUCUCUGAGACACAACUGGUCAUGCAUACCAAAUGGGAGGAUUAAUGUAAAUGGUAUCACGUCGCUGAAAUAUUUUCAUAUUUGGAGUUUGUAUCUGCUGCGCUUUUUUUUGUUUGUUUGUUUUCUUCAAGAGAAAUCAUCUUCCUGCCACCACCAGACUUGUGUGAUUGUCUGUGCUUUCCCCUCCACCAGGCUGAAAAUGUUGUCCAUUGAUUGUUUCCCUCUGUGUGAUCAGAGCAGCUUGGUCUGAGAAAAGCUGCAAUAAAAGCUAUUUUUAAAGUGGA